UGGAUGCGUUGUCACCUAUCCAGGCGACACUGCCUUGACAGAAGGUUGGACAGGACAUCUCCAGAGCUCCCUUCCAGCCGCAGCUCCUGUGGGAUUCCGUGACAGCCCAUCCUGAGGGCGGAGCUGACGCGACCCUGCCAGCACUCAAGAUGGCGCCGCCCUCUGCCCGCACCCGCCAUGGCCGAGGCCGCGUUGCGCCGCUUCCGCUUCCUGCCCGCAGCCAAGAUGGCGGCGGCGGCGGGGCAGCGCCGUGGGCCCGGCGGCCGCUGAAGCCGCUUCCGCCGCCGCCGGCUCUCCAGCAGUAAAAAUGGCGGAGUCGGUGCUGGAAGUUGUGGGCCGGCUCCAGGCGCGGCUGGCGGGCAGCGCCGAGCCCAAGAAGCUGCUGAAGAGUCUGAAGAGGCUGUCAGAGUUACCCAUCACCGUUGACAUUCUCGUGGAGACAGGAGUUGGGAAGACUGUGAACAGCCUGAGGAAACACGAGCUCGUGGGAGACUUUGCCAAGGACCUUGUGGCCAGGUGGAAGAAGCUGGUGCCGGUGGCCCAGGAGGUGGAGCGAAAUAACCUGGACUCUGAAGAGCGUGACUACGAGAGGAGCAGCUCGAGCAAAAGGCAUCAGGAAUCCUCCCUAAGAGAGGAUGAGGAGGCUGACCAGGAUUACUCAGAACCCUUCCAGCCAUCUUGCAGCCAGUCCUAUAGCCCAGAUCACAGGGAAAAGAAAUCCAAAAGGCAUCCUAGGCCUGAGAGAGCCCAUGAGACUUACGGCUAUAGCGGCCACCAAGGGAAGGGCUGGGGCAGAUCCUCCCCGGUGCUCUCCUCAGACCAGGAGUACUCGGACUGUGGACAAGCUGUGUCACCCGAGCCCAGUGAGAGCCCCCAGGAUGUGGACACAGACCCUUACGCCUCUGAGGAGCAGGAAGAGCCAGCACUAUUCCAUCGGAAAGCCAGUAAAGGCCACAGCUUCCAGGAGAAGCUCGGGGCAGGCCGGGAGCGCGGCUCCAGCGAUUUCUGCGACAAAGGGAACGCGAGUCGGAGCAAAGAGCACAAAUCCUCGCACAAGAAGCAGCGACUCGAUGACAGAGGGGAUGACAGGACCUCUGCCUUCAGCCCAGAGAGGUUGCACAAAAGCUCUUUUAAAGAGCAGCUCCGAGAAUCCCCCGUGGCAGCAGCUGGCAAGGAGAAGCAGAGGACAUCAGAGGGCACCAAAAAGGAGAAGAAUCGGGAAAGCGGCGCCUCCAGGAAGGAGAAGUCGCACUCGUUGCUGCACUCAGAGGAACCUUUGGACAACCAUGUGAAGAAGCAAAAGCAUCGGGACUCUGAGAAGAGCAAAUUGGAAAAGUCCAAGCAGAGCCUGGAGAGCUCUAACUCGGAGAAACGGAAAGCUGAGAGUGACUCGGGCAAUAGGAUCAAGGAAAAGGGGGGUUCUGGGAGCUUAAAGUCUUCGGAGGGGAAGCGCAAAAUCUCCGAUGUGGAGAAAAAAUCUGUGGGUUUUUCCUCAAAUUCUGGGGAGGGGGAAGCAGAGGAUGAGUUUGAACAACCUACAAUGUCGUUUGAGUCAUAUCUCAGCUACGACCAGCCCCAGAAAAAGAAAAAGAAAGUGGUCAAAUCCUCGGCUGGGUCAGCUGGGGACAAAGACCGAGGGCACAGCAAACAGAACGGAUCCAAAGCCAGUACCAACAGCUCAAGCUCCAGUCAGAAAAGUCCAAGCCACAAAAGAACAAGUGAGAAAAAGGCAGAGAAGAAACCCCCAGAGCCUCCUAAACCAAAGAGGAUAAUUUUAGAUGUGGUUCCAACGUUACCAGACAUCCCCCUGCCCCCCAUCCAGGCCAAUUAUCGUCCUCUUCCCUCGAUUGAGUCCAUCACCUGCUCCCAGACAAAAAGAAAAGCAGUGUCCUCGCCAGUGGAGGAGAGCGAAGCGGGUUUCACAGGCCGACGGUUGAAUUCCAAAAUGCAGGUGUACUCUGGCUCCAAAACUGCCUACCUCCCAAAGAUGAUGUCCCUGUACCAGCAGUGUAUCAGAGUCCUCAGUAACAACAUCGACUCAAUCUAUGAAGUGGGUGGUGUCCCUUUCUCCGUGCUGGAGCCGGUGUUGGAGAGGUGCACCCCGGAGCAGCUGUAUCGCAUCGAGGAAUGUAACCAUGUGCUGGUGGAGGACACAGAUCAGCUGUGGCACAACCACUGCCUGCGAGACUUCAAGAACGAGAAGCCCGAGGAGUUCGAGUCGUGGCGGGAGAUGUACCUGCGGCUGCACGACGCACGCGAGCAGCGCCUGCUCAUGCUGGCACGCAACAUCGGCUCUGCCCACGCCAACAAACCCAAAGGGAGAGUGGCCAAGAUGGCAUUUGUGAACUCUGCAGCCAAGCCCCCUCGGGACGUACGGAGGAGACAAGAGAAGUUUGGAACUGGAGGCCCUCUUCUGCCAGAGAAGACCAAAAUUAAACCAGUCCUGUACACAUCCAGCAAAAGCCACGCUCGGGCGAGUGACGAGCAGUCCUACGAUGGGCCCAGCACCAGCAGUGCCCACUCGGUCCCAUCUUCAGGUAGCACCUUCUCCUCCUACGACCCCAGGAAACCCCCUGUGAAGAAAAUUGCACCAAUGAUGGCAAAGACUAUCAAAGCUUUCAAAAACAGGUUCUCUCGGAGAUAAGUUUGCAGUGCUGAGCUGGGCCUUUCUCUCUUGGGAAGGAGUGGCACUGAAAGGGGAGAAGGUACCCAAACAGCCCUUCCUUAUCUUUGAACUCUUUGGAGGCUGCAGCUGCUGGGAGAAGCUUCAAUCUGCACAAGAUGACGGCACAGUAUUUUAUCUUUUAUUCUGGUCCCUUUCUCAGUGUCAAGCCCCCCCUCUUUUACCCCCUGUCCUCAACAUUCUGUUUCUGGCUUUGUCAUCCAUCGAAAGAAGGGUGUACAGAAUCUCCCGACACAGGAAAAUGUGAAAUCUUGGCGCCUGCUGAGAGUGGAAGAUCCAGAGACUUAUUUACUAUUUAACCUCUUAAUAAAUUAUAAAAUGGUUUUAAUUAA